AUGCUCGAGCCUUUAAUUGCUGUCGGCUUGGCAGCAAACAUCAUCCAAUUUGUCGACUAUGCAACCAGACUUUUGUCCAAGGCCGGCGAAAUACGUCAGCACGGCUCUUCGCUGGAAAUACGAGACCUAAAGUUGACCACGGAGGACCUGAGAAAAUUAACAAGCGACAUUGAAUGUUCACAAGAGCCCUUAUCUGAAUCCCUUACCAGGCAAAAUCAAAAUCCGAGCGUUCAGAGUAAUGGAGGCGGCUUUAGUCGGGAUGAGGUCUGUCCCAUCAUCAACUCCCUCCAAAAACUGCAUAGAGAUCCUGCUACGGGCUGUAAAGCUGUGUCCCAGGAACUAAUUGCGGCUCUCUCUGAUCUGCAGUCUACCACAAAGCUCUCGCGAUGGAAGUCUAUACGACAAGCGCUGAAAACCACAUGGGGAACUGACAAGUUAGAUCAGACUUCACAAAGACUUCAAAACUUUCGAGAUCAGCUUACGUUGAGAAUACUGGUGUCCUUUCGUAGCGACGCAAACAUUCAGGCAGCAGUACAUGAUUCGCGUUUCGACACCUUGGAGCAAGGCUUGCAAAGCAUCAUUAGAGACUUCAUGGACGAGAAAGGUGUGCUUAUGACGGAGUUGAACCGGCACACGGACACAUUUGAAAAACGACAAGACAGGAUUGAGCACCUUCACCGCCAUUAUUUCGAUCAGACAAUCGCUGCAAUACAACGAUCCCAUUCUGUCGAUCCUAUCUAUCUUUCUCGGCCAAAUGAGGCCUAUUAUCAACUGAAGGGCGGAGAUCAAUCACAGAUUCAACAAGCGGUGCUCGACCAUCUUCAAUUUAGGCAGAUGAACACACGCAUACAAGAUGUUGCUCCGGCUCACAAGGAUACCUUCCAAUGGUUAUUCGACGAAAAUAUCGCGAGAAGACCUUGGAGCAGCUUCCUUGAUUGGCUCCAGUCGGGAUCUGGUUGUUACUGGAUCAACGGAAAGGCGGCGUCGGGGAAAACAACACUUAUGAAGUUCAUCCUGUCGCAUCCAAUGACCAAAGUGGCACUCGCGACGUGGAGCGGAGGUGAGCAGGUAUUGAUACCUUCUUUUUUUUUCUGGAAUGCUGGCAUUCUGCUCCAGAAAGCUCAAGUGGGCCUAUACCGAGCAACCUUAUUCGAGGUUCUUUCUUGUCAUAAAGAGAUCAUUUUUAAGAUAUUUCCCGAGCUCUACCACGAAGAAGCACGGCGAAACCAGCAUCCACAACUGCAAUCCACUAUACAACCCCUCUCGGACACUGAGCUCAAAGUGGCAUUCAUGAAGAUGUUAGAUCAUAUCCCAUCCCGCAUUUGCUUCUUCAUUGACGGUAUUGAUGAAACUGAAGGCGAUACUGCCGAUAUUGUCAGCCUUAUCAAACUCGUAGCGUCAAAACCAAUGAUGAAGGUUGUCGUCUCAAGUCGUCCGAUCUCACCAUGUGUCCAAGCAUUUCAAGACUGCCCGAGUCUUCGAUUACAAGACUUGACUAUGAAUGACAUUCAAGCAUACGUCAAUGCUCAGAUGUGCGAUCACCAACUUAUGAAACAGCUCUUCCUCGACAUGCCACAUGCGGCAAGAACACUUGUGGCUGAGAUAGUCACCAAGUCGUCUGGCGUAUUCCUUUGGGUAAUGCUUGUCGUGAAAUCACUCACUCAAGGAUUGGAGAACCACGAUAGGAUCGAGCAUUUACAACAUCGACUUGGGGAGCUUCCAUCAGAGUUACAUGAUAUAUACAGGCUCAUGUUAAGCAACUUGGAACCCUUAUACCGUCAGCAAGCCUCAAAAUUGCUGCAAGUUGCAUUGCGACAUCAUGAAUCAGAGACACUCUAUCCACUCUUGCUGAUGCGACUCGCUUGGGCCGAUUUAGAUGAUCCAAAGAUAGCUACAAAGUUGUAUCACGACAGUAACGAAGUGAAAAACAUAGGAGAUUUAUGCGAGAACAUGCGCGUUCGGCUUCAGAGCUGUUGUCGUGGCUUGUUGGAAGUUCAGGGCCAUAUGUCGCAAGGCACUUCCGUUGGAUUCCUGCACCGAACUGUCAUUGAGUUCCUCAGCGAAUGUCAGAACUAUCAGUAUUUACAAGACCUCACCAAGGAUAUUUCUUUCGAUCCUAAUAUCUCGUUGCUGAGCUCCUCCCUAGUGUGGCUGAAAGGAUUCCUUGGUGUAUGGCCGCCUACUCGAAUGAAUGAACACCACGUGGAUGAUAUGCUAGUGGCUUUACUCCACCGAGUCGUGAUCAUCUUCAUGUACGGUCGAUUGGCUGAAACCUCCACAGGUAAACCAUGUCUAGAUUACCUCCGUGAGUGCGAUUCUGACAUAGAAAAUCAUUGGGAACAUAUAUGCGCUUUGCAGCACGGAAAAGCAAAGCUCAACAAGACUUCGCACUGGGCCCUUGCCAUGACUAGAUUGAACAGGUGCUGGCAAUUCGUGCACUCAUUCCCGUCCUUGAUGGCGGCAGCCGGCCUCGGUUUGUCACUGGACCAAUACCUGAAGGAAUCUCCGGAAUGUCUUUCUGACCUGUCCAAACAAGACCUUCUCAUCGAUAUCGUAUACCACUUCGGUGAAGAUAUGGAUGAUUACGUCGCCGCUCAUCAAAUCUCCGUCGUCAAAACCCUCUUGAAGCACUCUGCCGACCCGAACAAACCGACAGUCGACAAAUCAAGCGCAUGGACGUUUGCCCUAUUGCACUUCGACGACGCCAUGAGCCCCGCUAAGCUCAGCCAUUACCCAGAAUGGCAGGGAUUGGUCGGCGUCCUCCUCGAGAUCAUGGUGGAGCACGGAGCCGACCCGAACGCUGUUCAAAGCCGCGUGAUUUUCCCCAAUACAGCUUCGCGUUUCCUGGAACACUCUCCUACCGCACUAUCGAUCGUCCAAUGCUCCAUCGCAAAUCUUAAACAGAUUCGCCCGACUGGCUCAGAGGACCUCGACUGGUCUUUGCUCGUCAAGCUUAUGGAGGAUAGAGGACGUCAGCAUCAGGAUAGGACACCUGUGGACGAGCCUCUGCGACUCGCUUGUCAUUCAAUUAUGGCAGAUAAGUCUGCGCAGGCGCAAGCGCGGAGCCUGCAGAACUUGCAGAGCCUGUCGUCACAACGCAAGUGGUGGAAGAGACGCAAGUCUGGAGCACGUUGA